AACUUCACACUUUCACUGUGUAUUAAUAGUUUAAUAGUCAAAUACUGCUAAACCAAGACUGGUAACAAAGUAACAACCUUUUAGGAGAAGCAGCCAUGGUUCUUCUACCUACCCACAAUGAGUGACUAUAGUGAGUGUGAACUGUAGCAAUCUCCCACCUAGCAGCACCAGUUGGCGCCUGAACUCAGCAGGGAAACCCUCUCCUUCAUCAACGAUGCUUCAAACAACCUGCAUUUUACUCAUCUCUGCAGUUGUGGGUUCGUUUUUUCCACAUGGAAGAGCAAUGCUGAACCUCACUCUGCCUGGUCAACAUCCUGACCCUGAAGCUGUUGCCCGAGAAGUUCACUGGAAAGUGAAUGCCUCACUUGCAAGGAGGGAAAUGCUAGCAGUAUCCGAGAAAGAUGUCUCAACAUCAUGCCUCACAGGGAAUCCCAUUGAUGAUUGCUGGAAAUGCGACCCAGAUUGGGCCAACAACAGGCAGAGGCUAGCCGACUGCGCCAUCGGGUUCGGGACAGGCGCGAAGGGUGGGAAAGGUGGUCAAUUUUACAUCGUCACGGACUCCUCAGACCAUGAUCCGGUGAACCCGAAACCUGGCACGCUCCGUUACGCCGUGAUUCAGAACGAGCCACUGUGGAUUGUGUUCCCUAGUAACAUGAUGAUUAAGCUUUCACAGGAGCUUAUAUUUAACAGCUAUAAGACUAUUGAUGGGCGUGGAGCGGAUGUGCACAUUGUUGGGGGAGGCUGCAUUACUUUGCAGUACAUAAGUAAUGUUAUCAUUCACAACAUUCAUGUCCACCACUGUCAUCCCUCUGGUAAUACUAACGUGCGGUCGAGUCCAGAGCACUACGGCUACCGCACACUAUCAGACGGCGACGGAAUCUCCAUCUUCGGAUCACGCGACAUAUGGAUCGACCACUGCACCCUCUCACGGUGCAAAGACGGUCUAAUCGACGCCGUGAUGGGUUCAACCGCUAUAACAAUCUCCAACAACCACUUCUCCCACCACAACGAGGUCAUGCUCCUCGGCCACAGCGACCACUACACUCCCGACUCCGCCAUGCAGGUCACAAUCGCCUUCAACCACUUCGGCGAACAGCUCGUGCAACGCAUGCCGCGGUGCAGGCUGGGUUACAUCCAUGUGGUGAACAAUGAUUUCACUCGGUGGGAGAUGUACGCGAUCGGCGGCAGCGGCGGACCGACGAUUAAUAGUCAGGGGAAUCGGUAUACGGCGCCGGAGGAUGGCCGGGCGAAGGAGGUGACGAAGCGGUUGGAUUCUGGUGACGGCGAGUGGAGCUCGUGGAAUUGGCGGUCGGAGGGGGAUGUGUUGGUGAAUGGAGCGUUUUUUGUGGCGUCUGGGGCGGAUGGGGAGGGGAAGUAUGAGAAGGCUUUUAGUGUGGACCCUAAAUCGGCGGAUCGGAUUUCGAUGCUCACCAUGGCCGCCGGUGUUCUUGGUGUUGCUAGGGACAAUAAUCUGGGCAUGUGGACCAGAGGACCCAAUGAUGGUGGUACUUAUUUUUCAGAUUUCGGCCCAGAUUACACGGAUGAUAUGUCCCAGAGUAUAAUGCGGUUGCCACCUUCACAUACUUUGUCUCUUGUAUGUGUUUUUGUUACAUUGUUGUGCUUGUUUUCUCAUGCAACACCCUUAAUAGUAGUUCUAUAACAAUGAAGAACAAGCAUCUUUAAUGUGGUGCUGCUUAUUGACUCUAUUGAAUGAAGAGGGCCUGCUCCUUAAAAAGACCAGGGCAUCAUUAAGGCUGCUAUAUCAUAUUAUAUCUUCAA